UUUUUAAACGAGCAAGAGGCUAUUCUUUCUUAUUGGAAGCACAUGUGGAGUGACGAGGAGAUUCUUCCAAAGAAUGUUGACCUGAAUAAUGAAAAUGGCUUCCUCCUUGUAAAUUUGAAAGGGUCCUCGGCAUUGAUAUCAGCGAAUUCGACAAAAGAUGGGAUUCAACGCAGACUUGCAUAUGUUGCAGGUGGUGGUUGGGGUGGUCAAGCUGUGCAUGAAGAGCUAAAACAGUUCAUUAUUAAAAUCGUGGGUGCACCUGUGUUUCUCAAGUACAUCGAGAGUGAAGGCGACUUGUUUGAUUUUGAAAGAUAUGUAGAAUCGGCAUUUAAGCGUUUUGAUGAAAAUAAUAAAAUGAACUUCAGAUUAUCGUUAAAUGAUUUAUGUGAGCAAGAGUACAAUGAAGAUUUUAAAACUGUCAUAAAAGAAUCACCAUUUUCACAUGGAGUGAGGGUUAUAUCUAACACCGGUAUCAUAAAAAUAGAACCCAAGAUCUUGAAUGGUUUCUUCAAGAAAACAUUAGAAGCGAUUGUGUCAAACAUUAAGGACAUCUUAUCUGACAAAAGUACCAAGGAAAUCAAAGAAAUUGUAAUGGUGGGCUAUUUUUCAAGAAUAAAAUUAGUCCAGGAUACAGUAAAACGUGCUUUCCCCUCAUAUCAGGUUCUUGUUCCUUCUGAUCCUGAAUUCACACUAGUUAAAGGUGCAACUCUAACAGGGCAUUACGGUAAAAUACCAUCACCACAUCCAAAGGUGAGAAGCAUCGUUUCUCAAUAUACAAUAAGUGCUGUUGUGCAACACAUUAAUGAUGAACGUGAAUGUCCAGAACAUGUAAAAGAGAAAAAGAAGGUUUUGAUUGUGAAAGGAUCACAUGUACAGGAAGGUGACAAACAGGAAUAUAACUUUACAAUGGAUGACAUAUGUGAUAUGGAACACAUUGAUAUUUGCAUUUUUGCCUCUCCUAAAGCAGAAACAUAUGAAUCUGCAUCUUUACACAACGAUGGUGUUAAGAUCAUUAGAAAAGAAAGAAUGAAUUUCAACGGCGCUCACACAAUGAACGUCAACAUCUCUUUAGUGUUUGUGCCAUUUGGGUUAAAAUGGAUUAUAUCGGACGAAUGCAGAAAAGUGGCGAAUGGCAUUGAAAAUUUAGAUGAAUAGGAGUGGGAAAAAAUAGUUACGAUUUCAAAAUUAUUAUAAUAAUUAAUGUCUGUUUUUUUGUGUGUGUGUUUACUUAAAGUAUGGUAUAUAAAGUUUAGACCAUAUCUUUGCCUGGUCAAGUACGAGUUGGAGCGAAUCUCUAUCUUGAAAAAUGGUGAUUUGUGUCAAAGUGCAAGUAAUGAAUAGCUAAAAAUAUUAUUUCUCUGGUAUUUUCUUUAUAUUUUGUACAUAAUUAUGCAUUUAGCUUAGAUUAUAUAUUUAUACAGUGAUACGGUUGUUUAUAGAACUGUACAAUAGAAUAUAGAUGUUAAUAAGUUAAAAAAUCUUUAAAAGUUAUUGACAACCUGAACUUUUGAUUAUCAUGCACUUGAUAUUAAAUACUAAAGUUAAUUUUUUAUUAUUAUUAUUAUCAUCAUUUUAUGUACAUUUCAAUUUUGCAAAUUUGCAGAAUGAAGAUAAUAGGCAAUCACAUUACUGUACAUGUAUCUUGUAUAGCAAUUAAGUAUAUUGAUAUACUCAUUUUUAGAUACUAUGAUUAAUAUUGUUUUAAAAGAAAACGUUUAUAUAUAACAGAAUAUUAUAAAAGCAAAUUAUUUUUGUUACAUCUGUUGUAUAAGAAAAAGAUGUUAGUAUUGUUAAUUUUGAUCUGGAUAGAUUAUGAUUAUAUUCCACUAGACUUAAAGAAAUAGUCGCUCUUCUAUUACAAGGUCAAUCUUAUCUAAACAAAAUAGUAAUUGUUGUUCUAUAUCAAUGCAUAUGAAUAUCUAUAUUUCUAUGUAUGUAUAUAUGUAAUAUUCUUCACCUAUUGAAGGA